AUGAGUGUUGAAGAUAAAGGAAGUGACAACAAUGGCAUGGUAAUCGAUGUGAAUUGUAGUAAGUGGUCGGCUGAAGAUGUUGCCUCUUGGUGCGUAUCAACUUUGGAUAUAGAUAACGAAAGCGAACUAUAUAACAAUUUGAUUGAACAAGAAAUCAGUGGCGAUCUAUUAAAGGAGCUAUCUUUGCAAGAUUGCAAAGAUCUGUGUGGAAGUGCGAAUUUAAAAUUGGCAAUUAAGUUUAAGUUACAGUUGAACAAACUAUUACGCAAAGAAAAUGACGAAUAUCAUAAAACACAAAAUGAGACUUUGGUAUUCUCGUUGGAUAACCUAUAUAGCACAUUAUCAGUAAAAUUGAGAGAUUUCCAAUCCCAGUAUGUUCGCCUACGUAUGGAUGUGCUAGAUGUUGUAAAGAGUUCGAGUAAUUCGAAUAGCCCUGGCAACUCGGAUGCAGGCAUGAUCGGUGAUUUGUAUAGAUCUAGAUCUCAAAAUCAAUCUAAUGGAACAUUAUCCAAUCCUCAGCAUCCACAUAUCAAUGAUGACAAUACUAAAAAAGAUCAUAGCGAACAAUUAAAUGGCAAGAACCCCAUCCAUGCAGUUUCAAGACAAAACUCAACUCUAUCGAAAGUAGCUGCAAAAGCACCAUCAUCAUCAAAUGGUCUUAAUCAAGAAAGCACAGGUCCAUCUUCAAAUUCAGAACCAUUGAAACAACUCCGUGCCUCAAAGGAAGAUUCAUGUGAAAAGAUACUGAGGAAUGCAAUGAAGAGACACCACUUGAAUGAAGAAGAUUGGAGACAGUAUGUACUUGUAAUCUGUUAUGGAGACCAAGAGAAGGCACUAGAAUUGGAUGAUAGCCCUGUAGUUACUUUUAAGAACUUGAAAAUGCAAGGGUUAAAACCAACAAUAAUGUUAAGACAUAGAGGAGAUUUUGAAGAAUUCAAUGUUGGAGCCGAAGGAAAGACUGCCAUUACCCCUGGUGGGAGACUCUAA